AUGAAAAUUGUUUUUUUCGGUGCACCUGGUGUUGGUAAAGGGACGUUUGCUGAAAUUUUAUCAAAAAAAGAAAAAUUGAAACAUAUAAAUAUAGGAAAUAUUCUAAGAAAUGAAAUAAAAAAAGAAUCAAAUUUAGGUACGGAAAUAAAAAAAAUAGUUAAAAGAGGAGAUCUGGUUGCAGACAACUUGAUCAUAAAUAUUGUUGAAGAAGAAAUAAAAAAUUCAAUUAAUAAAUACAAAGGUUUUAUAUUAGAUGGAUUUCCAAGAAAUAUUUUUCAAAGUAAAGAAUUAACCAAAAUCACAAACAUUGAUUUAUUUAUUAACAUAUAUUUGCCAAAGCAUAUAUUAAUAAAAAAAUUAUUAGGGAGAAGGUUAUGUAAUAUUUGUGAUAAUAAUUUUAAUGUUGCAAAUAUUCAAGAAAAUAAUUUUGAUAUGCCACCAAUUUUACCAUCAAAGGAAUGUAAUACAUGUAAUGGCAAUGCAAACUUAAUUAAAAGAAGUGAUGAUAAUGAAGAAGUAAUUAAUCAUAGAUUAAAUUCAUAUGAAUCUAUUUAUAUGCCUAUUAUUAAUUUUUUUAAAAAUUGCAACUACAACUUAAUAAAUUUUGAACUAAAAAAAGGAAUAAAAGACUUUGAUCGUUUAUAUAACAUUAUUUUAAAACAUUUAUAA